GCUGCAAGUGAAACGCGCAUCGUUCAGUUUGUCUCUCGCUGCUCCCCGUCUGCAGCCCUCGCCUCGCUGCAGUCGCUCCUCCUCUGUCUCUCCGGCUUUGUAUCAGGAGCUGAACCCACGCCGCGGCUAACUUCUUCAAGAUACCGGGGCUGAUAAACAUCACAAAAUGGCUCUUCACGUCCCCAAAGCUCCGGGCUUUGCCCAAAUGUUAAAGGAUGGCGCCAAGCACUACUCCGGGCUUGAGGAGGCUGUGUACCGCAACAUCAGAGCCUGCAAGGAGCUCUCUCAGACCACACGCACCGCCUAUGGGCCAAACGGUAUGAACAAAAUGGUCAUCAACCACUUGGAGAAGCUGUUUGUCACCAAUGACGCCGCAACGAUCCUCAGAGAGCUUGAGGUUCAGCAUCCAGCCGCUAAAAUGGUUGUGAUGGCAUCCCACAUGCAGGAGCAGGAGGUUGGAGAUGGUACAAACUUUGUCCUGGUGUUUGCAGGAGCUCUGCUUGAGCUGGCUGAAGAGCUGCUCAGAAUGGGCCUGUCAGUGUCAGAGGUGAUUGACGGCUAUGAGAUGGCGUGUAAAAAGACUCUGGGCAUCAUGGCCGACUGCGUAUGUUCCAAAGCCGAGAACCUCCAUGAUAUUAAGGAGGCAACGGCUCUUAUCCGCACAGCAGUCAUGAGCAAACAGUACGGUAAUGAAGACUUCCUCGCCAACCUCAUCGCCCAGGCCUGUGUGUCCAUCUUCCCAGAGUCCGGCAAUUUCAAUGUUGAUGGUGUCAGAGUAUGCAAGAUUUUGGGCUGUGGAGUGACAUCGUCCACCGUGCUACAUGGCAUGGUUUUCAAGAAGGAAGCAGAGGGAGAUGUAACAUCAGUUAAAGACGCCAAGCUCGCCGUCUACUCCUGCCCCUUCGACUGCAUGGUGACAGAGACCAAGGGCACAGUGCUUAUCAAUAAUGCAAAGGAGCUCAUGGAGUUCAGUAAGGGAGAGGAGGAAAUGAUGGAGGCUCAGGUGAAGGCCAUCAAGGAUGCUGGUGCCAACGUAGUGGUAACUGGGGGGAAAGUGGCUGACAUGGCGCUUCACUACGCCAACAAGUACGACCUCAUGGUGGUCAGGCUGAACUCCAAGUGGGACCUCAGGAGGUUGUGCAAGACUGUGGGAGCUGUAGCACUGCCCAGGAUGACGGCGCCAACUCCAGAUGAGAUGGGUCACUGUGACAGCGUUUACCUGUCAGAGGUGGGGGACACUCAGGUGGUGGUCUUCAAACACGAGAAAGAGGAUGGUGUCAUCUCAACGGUGGUGAUCAGAGGCUCCACCGACAACCUGAUGGACGACAUUGAGAGGGCUGUCGAUGAUGGAGUCAACACCUUCAAGGUUCUGAUCAGGGACAAGCGUCUGAUCCCUGGAGCAGGAGCCACUGAGAUCGAGCUUGCCAAACGGAUCACUGAAUAUGGAGAGUCCUGCCCGGGUCUGGAGCAGUACGCCAUCAAGAAAUUCGCUGAAGCCUUCGAGGCUGUGCCGCGGGCGCUGGCAGAGAACUCUGGAGUGAAGGGGAGCGAGCUCCUCUCUAAACUGUACUCUGCUCAUCACGAGGGGAACAAAAACGUCGGCUUUGACAUUGAGGGAGAAGGCCCCGCUGUGAAGGACAUGCUUGAGGCUGGCAUCCUGGAGCCUUACCUGGUCAAACACUGGGGCGUCAAACUGGCUACCAACGCUGCCAUCACAGUACUGAGAGUGGACCAGAUCAUCAUGGCUAAGCCGGCAGGGGGACCCAAAACUCCAAAACAGAGAGGCCAUUGGGACAAGGACGAGUGGGACGAAGCACCUGAUAAUUUUGAAACUCACCAUUAGAGGGCGAACACACAACCUCCGUCAAUCAUCAUGGCCAAACCAGCAGGGGGACCCAAACCCCCCCAGGGUGGCAAGAAGGACUUCGAUGAGGAUGACUGAAUCUGAUGCCGUGCAGCUGAUGCCCCUUAGACCCUGAACGCCCCCACAUGGAUUCACAAAACCCUUUUCUACUUGUUUAUUUAAAGCUCAACAGUUUGGGUCAUUUUGUAGAAAUGACCACACAUUAACAAAUAUGUGAAAGUAAAAUGUAUGGAUGGCACGGUUUGCUUUUUUUGUUCGUAGUCCCAAAUAAAAGGCACUUGGGCUAUCA